GGGGCAGAGGCGAGGGCUGGGAGCCGGCUGCGCUGCUGGUCCGCGGGGCUCGGCGCUGGCAGCGCGGGGAGCGCGAAGCCUUGCCCCGGGCGGCGUCGCCCCUCGCCCCGGAGCGCGGCAGCAGGCAGGGGCCGCGGCGGCCGCCGAGGGGCCACGGUGAGGGGCUUGGCCCGCUGAAGAAAGAAGCAGCCAAGGUGCGUUUGCCUCUGGCAGUAAUUUUUGUUCCAUGGGAUUUCUUCUGCCCCCCGCGACUGAACCCAUGUGGACUGAAGCGUUUCUAACAUGAACUUUCUCUCUGGGAUCUGGUGGUCUCUUCCUCUGGUCUUGUUCUGGGCAACCCCGCACGUCACCUCCUCAUGGUGGUACAUGGGGGCCGUGGGCUCGUCGCGGGUGAUGUGCGACAACGUGCCGGGGCUGGUGAGCCGGCAGCGGCAGCUGUGCCGGCGGCACCCCGAGGCGAUGCUCUCCAUCGGCCGAGGCGUGGCGGCCUGGACGGCCGAGUGCCAGCACCAGUUCCGCCAGCACCGCUGGAGCUGCAGCGCCCCGGAGCGGGGCCAUCGCCUGCUGGGCCGCGUCCUGCUGCGCAGCAGUCGGGAAUCUGCUUUUGUACAUGCCAUCUCCUCCGCUGGGGUGGUUUUCGCUAUCACGAGAGCGUGUAGCCAAGGGGAGCUGAAGUCAUGCUCCUGCGACCCCAAGAAAACAGGUCCAGCGAAGGACAACAAGGGGCACUUUGACUGGGGCGGCUGCAGCGAUAACGUUGACUACGGCGUCAGGUUUGCCCGAGCGUUUGUGGAUGCCAAAGAAAGGAAGGGGAAAGACGCGAGAGCGCUGAUGAACCUGCACAACAACCGCGCUGGAAGGAAGGCCGUGAAGCGGUUUUUGAAACAGGAGUGCAAAUGUCAUGGUGUGAGUGGAUCAUGUACUCUAAGGACCUGUUGGCUGGCCAUGGCAGACUUUAGGAAAACAGGAGAUUAUCUGUGGAAGAAAUACAAUGGAGCGAUUCAGGUGGUCAUGAAUCAAGAUGGCACUGGUUUCACUGUGGCUAAUAAGAGAUUUAAGAAGCCAACUAAGAAUGACCUGGUAUACUUUGAAAGCUCUCCAGACUACUGUAUCAGGGACAGGGAUGUAGGCUCUCUAGGGACAGCCGGCCGGGUUUGUAACCAGACCUCCCGUGGCAUGGACAGCUGCGAAGUGAUGUGCUGCGGCAGGGGCUACGACACGUCACGUGUCAGCAGGAUGACAAAAUGCGAGUGCAAAUUCCACUGGUGCUGUGCCGUGCGCUGCCAGGACUGCCUGGAAGUGGUGGACAUACACACUUGCAAGGCACCCAAGAGUGCUGGGUGGAUCUCCCGGACAUGAUGUUUGGGUGCUGGCACUCGAGGACGGCAACCUUCGCCGUUGCUGAGCCAUGCAGGGAAUGCUUUCAAGGUGUUCGCUACUUUUAUGCAAGUUUUGCCUUUGUCUUUCAUUGCAGAGAAGUCGCUCGAUAAUUCCUAUAAACUCUACAGCACUCCAUUCGCAUUUCUACAUGGCAAGGUGGCUGCAUAAAGGUCUGUGUGCAAACUCAUGUGACUCUGGAUGGACCUGCUGCUGCCAGUACUCUUUAAGCUACCGUACAGCUCACCUCUGGAAAGCGUUGUGGCAGGUCAUUCAUGAGAUCAGCAGCACAGCAAGAUUUACAGGCGGAGCAUCUCAUGCGACCGUUGAUGCCUGCACAGGAUACAGUUUGCAAAGGCUUCCUUGGAAGGCUCUCGUGCUGGUCACAGUCAUGCCCCGGGUGCUGAGCUAGCUGGGCUCUAAGUCUGAACACUGGUUGGUAAUUCCUCCAUAAAAGACAAUUUGAUGCCAGGGGGGUUAAAGGCUUUUCCAGCGGUGGCCUUGGCCACCCACUGUGGUGGGUAGGCUGCGCUGGGCUGGGCUGGCUGCCCCUUGUGGACUGCCCCGGGCAGCUGCCACCGUCACGGACACGCUUGCUACGGCCUCUGCAUGCAGUGAACAUGCUGCAGAUCUGUGUUAGACAGAAAUUGGCCCACAGGGACCAGCAAAGGAAACAGCAAGAAAUGUAUUCAAACACAAUAUUUUUAUUUACUAUUAAAGAUUUGAAGCAAA